CAUGCAGUGUCACUGAGCACACACCCGUACUGUUUGUGCCUGUGACUGCAUCCAGCAACCAGCCAUCUCAGCCCUUUGCAAAAUGAUGAUCUCACUGUUCCUCGUGGCCGCGUUUGCGUCGACGCUGGGUGCGCAGGCGCCGCAGCAACCGCCCGGCGACCAGAUCCCGAUCAUCCGCUUCGAAACCGACGGACCCAACGUGGAUGGAACUUAUAAAUGGCUAUACGAAACUGGGAACGAGAUCAAUGCGGAAGAGUCGGGGUACGUCAAAAACUUCGGCAAGGGCGAGGGGGAGGAGGUGCAGGUGGCUGAGGGGAAGUUCAGUUACAAGUCCCCGGAGGGCCAGCUCAUAGCCCUCACCUACAUCGCCGACGAAAAUGGCUUCCAGCCACAGGGAGAACAUCUUCCCACACCACCGCCGAUUCCGCCGGCGAUUCAGAAGGCCCUCGAAUACUUGAAGUCUCUGCCGCCCACUGCCGCCGGAGCCUCCUCCAACGUCCAGCCCCAGUACCAACCUGCACCGUUUAAGAAUAAAGGACGGUUCUAAAAGCCUCUAGAAUCACGAAAUAUAUUUUGACUCAUAUACGACUCUACCAUUUAUUACUAAGAACAUAAUACUUGCAUACCAAAACGUUGGAGAUUGAUGUAAGAAGUUAUUUUCUGUAAAAUCCUUCAAUAAUAAAUCGUUAUUCGAUGUAGCUGCUACGAAAUCUGUAUACAUUUAGAGUAUUAUAGGCUAAGCUGAUUUUAGACUGAAAGAUUGUAAAAAGAUCUGGCUAAAUGUACCAUUACAAUAGUUAGAUAUCUAGCCGUUAAGAUUUAAUCAAUAUGUUUAAGAAUUUUUUAAGUUUAUAAUAAAAUAUAUUCUCAUA